CUUUCUUUAAUAACCAAUCACAGCUGCGGACUACCUGAUUGGCCUAUCCCCUACGACUUUGGAGCCUGUGUGGGCGGGGAGAGCCCUCUCUUCCUCGCUCGGCAUGGGUAGGAGGCUCGAUGAGCUAACCCAAGGCUCAGGUUUGCGCAUGUGUAUUUCCUUCCCGCGUGUUCCCCCUCGCCUCGGAUGCCACGGGUAUCCCCGAGCCUUCUUUCCGUGUUACUCUCCGCGCUAUCAGCCCGGCCGGACGUGGGUUCUGGAGAAGCCCUGAGAAAACUACCCAGCCGGUAGCUGGGGGCGCCAUGUCUUCAGGCUCCACCGCACCCCCGGCUCACCCCGGCUGUCUGGCCCUGUGGAGGGAGGAAAAUGAUCGAUUGGUCCGGCAGUGGAGGGUGGUGGCUCAGGACUCCGCACAAUCCUCGAAGCAGCGGGCUGCUCAUCAUGUCCUUGAGGGACUCAGGGGGCUUCUCCACAGGCUACAGGGGCUCCCUCCAGCUCUUUCUGCCCUUCCUCUGGAGCUGACUGUCCUGGCUAAUACCCUGAUCUUGGGGGUUGGCCUGGCUCAGGGAUUCACGAAGGAUCAUGCUCUGGACAUCCAGCAGGGCCUGGAAAGGGUGCUGAAUGCCCAGGGGGUGCCACUGCCCCAGUCAGGGGACCUAUGGAAGGCCAUCUUUCAAAGCCCCUUCAUGCCUUUUGAGAUGCUACCUCCCCUACACCACUUGGUGGCCCUUCAGGGGGCCUUAUGGCUGACAGAUAACCAUCCUGGAGACCUAGCCAAACUCUUGCAUGCUGUAAUGAGUAGCCAGUGCAAAGAGAGUGAGGCUCCUCUCCCUGGACUUACUGAGAACCUGCUGUCACUGCUAAGUGUGUGGGACCCCCCUGUUGAAGAGCUGGAUGCUCCAAUGACCCUUCAGGAUGCCAGGAGUCUGAGGGAUGUUCUUCUUACAGCAGCUGCAUUCCACCAAGGUCUUCAUGAGCUUCAUGUGGGGAACUUGUCAUUAGCCUUGAGCAGCCUGCAGAAAGCAGCAUUCAGCCUGUGCCCCCGUCCUGUGCUGGCCCAAGUCCACACAGCUUUGGGAGCCUGCCUUCGGAAAAUGGGCUAUCCACAGAGGGCACUGCUGCAUCUACUUGAGGCUCUAAAGGCAGGCCCAGGCCAAGGACCCCCUCUUCUGGAGGCUGCCCGACUCUAUCGACAGAUUGGCCAUACCACAGCUGAGCUGGACAGCUUAAAGCUACUGGUAGAGGCUCUGAGUAUCCCUCACAGUUCCAGGCUACCCUUGUUCCCUAUUGGGGUAGAACUUCUUAUCACUCCACCCAGUCCUGCCUCCUCCCUUUACUGUGGGACCCAAAGCCAGGCCAAGCACCUGCUGGCAAGCAGGUGUCUCCAGACAGGCAGGAAUGAGGAGGCUGCGGAGCAAUACCUGGAUCUGCUGGCCUUGAUGCUGGAUGGAUCGAUAUCCCAGGGCAUGCAGUGUUCUUCGUUCCUGUCUGGUGGUUCUCAAACUCCUCGUGUACCCGAGGUCUUCUUGGAGACAGCAACAGCACUGAUUAUUGUGGGCAGAUUCCAAGAUUCACUGACUGUGUGUGAAGAGCUGCUCAGCCAGAUAUCACUUCUGGUCCCCCAGAAACUCUGGUUGGGUCGAGGGGGACCUAGCCUCAGGCCUGCUCCAUCCCCAGUCCCACCUCUCUCUGAGAACCCCUCAGAGCAUCUGUUCUGCCUGUUGUGGGCCUCCGCUGCCCACCUGCUUCAGGGUCAGGCCUGUGCUGGGCUGGGAGCCCGGAGGGAAGCCCUGGAGGAGUUUAGCAGGUGCCUCGAGUUACUCUUCCGAGUGAAGCCUAUGGAUGGAGUUGUAGAUCGAGGUGCAGGUGGAGAUAAAGACCAGGGUUUGAGUGGAGAGAUCUGCCCACCUGCGAAGGUUCUCCAGAGGCUGAAAGCAGUGGCCUUCAUUAGCCGGGGGCUGGAAUGGACAGCAGUAGGCCGGGAUGCCCAGGCUCUACAGGAUUUCCUUCUUGCUGUGCAGCUUUGCCCAGGUGACCGAAAUGCUUCCUUACAUCUGCUGCACAUCCUGUGGAGGCUAGAGCGGAAAGAAGAGGCCUUUGCAAUCUAUCAGAGGCUAGAGGCUGAGGCUAACCAGCAACAGGAUGAUGCUGAGGGUUUUCUCCCUCAGUACUUGGAGUCCUGUUUGAACCGGAUUCGCGUCACUGAUCAGGAGUCCCUCUUGCAAGAACUUCAGAAAUCACUGCAGAGGCCCAUGUGCCCUUAGUGGUUAUUUGAUCCUGGCUUCCCAGGGAUCUUUUCUAUUUGGACCUCUCUUCUAUUUCAGUUUAGCAAGUAGCUAAGCCUAGAGCUGGGACUUCAGUAAGCCUGGGGAAAGCAAUGUCCCUGGUCCCUUGGCUGAUCUUGUUGGUCAUUUUCCUGCAACUCUCAAAGUGGAGGGAAGAAGAGGGGUAAAGAGAGGAGUAAUCAGGGAUUACAAUGUCCCUUUCCCCACCUUUCUUGGUGUCAGUCUUCCUAUCAUUGUAUUUUUUUUAUACCUAUUACCCCCUUUUUCCAGUAAAAUAUUCCAUUGGUCUGUCUGCCCAUACUAUUUGUCUUUGGCAUAUAAGUGCUGGAAGUGCUUGUCUCUGGACACUGAGUCACAGCCUUUUAUUUGAUGUGAUACAGUCUGAUGAUACAGGGAAGACAGUCCCCUACUCUUUAAGGGAUCUUCUCUUGAAAGUGGAGACUUCCCCUAUCUUUACCUGAUCUCUUCCUUCACUUAAUUUUUUUUUUUGGGUGGGGCAAUGAGGGCUAAGUGACUUGCCCAGGGUCACACAGCUAGUAAGUAUCAAGUAUCUGAGGCAAGAUUUGAACUCAGGUCUUCCUGAAUCCAGGGCUGGUGCUUUAUUCACUGCUCCACCUGGCUGACACCCCUCCCCCCCUUCACUUAAUUCUUGAGCAGUAACACCCUUCAGCAUUUGUGUGUUUUGGUGUCAGUCAAUAAACAAACAUUUAUUAAAUGAAUACUAUAUGCUUGGCACCAUGCUAAGGGCUGAGGUUACAAGGAAAGGUAAAAGAAUAGUCCCUUCUCUCAAGGAGCCCACAGCAAUGGGUAAGACAACAUGCUAACAGCUAUGUACAAAGUAUCCAGGACAAAUUGGCUAUGUAUAAGAUAGAAAUUUGGGCUUUCCUGAGGGAGACUUAAUGACCUGAAAGGUCAGUUAUGACUUGUGGGAUCAUGGGAUUUCCUUUUUAUUCUUUUUUUUUUUUGGGGGGUGAGGCAAUUGGGGUUAAGUGACUUGUCCAGGGUCACACAGCUAGUAAGUGUUAAGUGUCUGAGGCCGGAUUUGAACUCAGGUACUUCUGAAUCCAGGGCUGGUGCUUUAUCCACUCCUUUCUAUUCUUUAGUGGAGAGAAGUAUUAGAAAAUAAAAAUAGAU